AACAGUUCUGACAAUUUAUGUGAUCUUAGAUACUGUAACAUAAAUCACAGUGGUGAAUAUGACUUACAGCUGGGAGAUACUAAUCCAGGAUAUGAUAUCUAUGCCAUUGUUAUCCAGGAUGAGACAUCUACAUCCUCCACUGUGAUGACUUCAAUGGUAACUGUUAUAGCAACAAGUACAAGUGGUCCAAAUAGUACAACAGAGCCUGUUACUGACUAUUUUACAAAUUCAACUUUGAACUAUAUGCCUUCUCUUUCUCCUCUGAAUAAUGCUACUUUUGAAGCUCAAACAAAUACCAAACCAUUUGACUUCAGAUUAGCUACAAUUAUUCUUGGAGCCAUUCUGUUUGUUGCAUUACUUGUGAUGGUUGUUAUAUUGGUUCUGUGUAGAAGGCAGCAAAAUAAAGGAAUCAAUGUCUCAGACAGUGCAGGUGGUGAAAACAUCACCGCUAUUGAAGGUCCUGCCACAACUUAUGAAGACCUUGAUGAAAGAAAUAACAGCAUAGUAGUGGGUAUAAAAUAUGAGAGUUUAGAAAAUAAGUGCUGUGAUGAGUAUGAGGAUGUCAUCAUCCCAAGGCUAAACAAAGCAGGAGACACAAAAACCAAAACUGGUCAGAACCAACCUGGAGAAUCCAAUGAAUAUACUGAUAUGAAACCUUUAUCAAACAAUACCAGCAAUUCAAAUGCCAAAAGUAUUCAGAACCAAUCUGAAGAGGCUACUGAAUAUGAUGAGGUGAAUUCCUGGUUGACCCCAGGAAACAAAGAAAUGAAAAGUCAUGAACUUCCAAUUGAAUGCUCUGGUGAAUAUGCUGAGGUUAAAACCACUUCAAACAACACAGGAGUACAAAGCUACCUUGAAGUCUCUAAUGAAUAUACAGAGCCUAAAACCACAUCAAUCAAUACAGGAGUACAAAGCCACCCUGAAGUCUCUAAUGAAUAUGCUGAGGUUCAAACCACAUCAAACAAUACAAAACGUCAACCUGAAGUCUCUAAUGAAUAUACAGAGCCUAAAACCACAUCAGUCAAUACAGGAGUACAAAGCCACCUUGAAGUCUCUUAUGAAUAUGCUGAGGUUCAAACCACAUCAAACAAUACAAAACGUCAACCUGAAGUCUCUAAUGAAUAUACAGAGCCUAAAACCACAUCAAUCAAUACAGGAGUACAAAGCCACCUUGAAGUCUCUAAUGAAUAUGCUGAGGUUCAAACCACAUCAAACAAUACUAAAAGUCAACCUGAAGUCUCUAAUGAAUAUACAGAGCCUAAAACCACAUCAAUCAAUAAAGGAGUACAGAGCCACCUUGAAGUCUCUAAUGAAUAUGCUGAGGUUCAAACCACAUCAAACAAUACAAAAAGUCAACCUGAAGUCUCUAAUGAAUAUGCAGAAGUUAAAACUUCAUCAAACAAAACAAGGGUACAAAGCCACCUUGAAGUCUCUAAUGAAUAUGCUGAUGUUCAAACCACAUCAAAAAAUACAAAAAGUCAACCUGAAUUCUCUAAUGAAUAUGCUGAUGUAAGUAUCUCUACAAAUGAUGCCAGAGAAAUUUCAAAAUCAAAAGAUGACAGUAUUCAGAAAGAAGUUAUCAGCUCAAAUGAAUACACUGAAGCUGAAAUGUCACCAAAUGAUGAAGAAACUUCAAAGGUUAAUAUUGUGCAGAACCAAUUUGAAGGUGCAAUUGAGUAUGAUGAAAUCAACAACUUGCGAUGUAUAAGAGAUACAAAAGAUGAAGGCAUUCAAAGCAAACUUGAAAAGUCUGGUGAAUAUGCUGAGGUUAUCCCUGCACCAAUCAAUAUAGAUUGUUCAAAUUCAAAUGGUGCGAUCCAUGGUGACAGUGCUAAUAAUAACACAUAUAUGGAAAUGUCAGGCUCUAGCCGGAAUAGUCUGAACCAAUUUGGAGACUCUUACGUACAUGCUGAUACUGACCUUCAGCCAAGUAACAUAGCAGAAUCAGACAACAAAGAUAUGGAGACUCAACUUGGAAGGUCUGAUGAGUAUAAGUCUCCCAAACCAUGGAUAAAACAAUCAAAAGAUGAAAGCAUUCAGACCAAUUUUGAAGAUUCCACCCAGUAUGAUCUCCCAAAUCCUACAUGGCCAAACAUUAUUGGAGACCCACUUUAUGGUAAUAUUCAAAAUCAAAUGCAAGGAACAAAUGCUAUAGUCUGUAGUGACUAUGAAGUUCCUAUAUCUGUCCAUUAUGCUCCAAAUGAGGAAUAUGAUGAGGUGAAGAACUGGUUGAGCUAAAUAGCUGAUAAAGUAAUAUAAUAUUAUGUAUGAUUUUGUAAAUGGC